UUAUUCCAUUUCCUUUUUAUAGAUAAAAUUGAAAGAUACUUUGUUGUUUCAGGUAAAAGGUACAGAAAGCAGCACAAACAACAGUCGCGGCCUGCAGAUAAUGUCAAUCUUUGAUAGAAUUUAUUAGCUGUGGAGUCCAAAGUGGGGCAUCUGGUAGUUGACUUGGGUUCUUGGUCCUCUACCAAGAAAAUGAAGACACACUUUUAAGUUCAUCGAUUGAGCUUCUGAAUCGUGGAAUCCAAAUUGGUACUUGCAGGAGAAGAAGAAGGAAAUGGAGAUACAGCAAUCAGGGAGGGUGAGAUUGUCUUUCAAGAACGCCACGAUAGUCUUAACCGUCUUGAAUGUAAUCACUGCCCUUUUCUUGCUCCAAGGUUUUCUUUCCUCUGCCUCUACCCGCAACAAUGGAGUCUCAGCUAGUCAAUUCAAUUCAGUUGAGCAGAGGCACAUCAAGGAGUCUGAAGAGAUACGUCUUGCGAUGCAACCUUGGAAACUGAUCAAACGAGUGAAGGAAAUUGAGCAAGAAGCAAAUGCAGAAGUAGAAAUAAUCCAACAGAAAGAUGUGAAGCAAACUGCUGCUGUUGAUCUUUCUAAGAGAUUAAAGGAUUUCCGUGCUAUUAAUGAUGCUGCCAGCUUAAAAGCUCUAGAGGAAUGGCGUAAAAGAAAGAUUGAACGAGCCAGAUUACGACAACUGGAGAAAAAUGGAACAGCAACCUCUCAAGUUUGAUGACCUUCCACGAGUUUCCAUGGCUAUUUGAACAUGUAACCUUUUACUACAUUAUCAAAAAAUGUAUACGUGUGUAUAUUGCAAUUAUGGUUUUAUACAAAACAAAGAGAUAACAUCUGAAGCCUAUAAUUAAAAGUUUUCUUUUCCUACAACAGAGUAAACGUUGGCAUGGUCAACAUUCACUUCUCUAUCA